CUCUCUCUCUCUCUCUCUCUGCGUGCUGGCGGAGGCAGAGGUGAGCUGCUGCUGCUGCUGCUGCUGUCCGCUCUGCUCUGCUCUGCUCUGGGGAAAGGCGGCCGACGGAUUAUCCAGCUCGGUAACGUUAGCUCGUCGGCUAACGGUCAGGAGAGCAGCCCAGGAGAGCAAUGAGAAGCCGCAGGAGCCAGUGAAAGUUAGUCACGGCUUACUUACUUCGGGACUUUAAUGUACGAAAACAUACAAAAAAGGAGGCUCGCGGAUCAUGCCGUCGCCCGCAACGGGAACUUUUCUCUAGAAUUUCCACUUGGGAAAGGCUAGCUUAGGGGCUAGCGAGGCUACAAACUAUUUUUAAUUGGCUUUGGGCUCAAUGGCUCUCGCUUGUUUUUCCCUGUCAUAGCGACAGCACGGAAAAAGUAAAACGGGGAGAGGCCCUGUGAACUUCAUGACAAACCAAAGCCCGGCUUUGAAGCGUAACUUCGGAAGGAUAGACUGGCAAGGGGACCGAAAAUGAAGAAGCAGUUCAAUCGGAUGAAACAGCUCGCAAAUCAAACAGUUGGCAGAGCGGAGAAAACAGAAGUCCUCAGUGAUGACCUCCUACAGAUUGAACGGCGCAUGGAGUUGGUGCGUGUGGUGUCCCACAACACACACAAGAGGAUGGUGUCAUGUCUACAGGGACACAUCGGUGCAGAAGCAGAGAAGAGACAUUCCGUACCACGCCUCUAUACAGGAAAUGGUCAGAAAAAGCUUCCUCUGACUUCACUGUCCCAGGCGAUGGUGGAAGGCGGAAACCAGUUGGGAGAAGACUCCUUGAUAGGGAAGAUGAUGGAAGUGUGCGGCGACGCAGAGAACCGCCUGGCAUCGGAGUUGAUGCAACAUGAGCUGCAGAUAGAGAAGGACGUUCUGGAUCCCCUCAGCCAGCUAGCAGAGGUGGACAUUCCCAACAUCCUGAAGCAGAGGAAACAGCUGGCCAAACUGGUGCUGGACUAUGAUUCUGCCAGAGCAAGAUGGUUGCAGGCAACCAAGUCAAUAAUCUCAGGAACAAACACUCAAGCACUGACAGCCAAGGCUGACCUACUCAAGGAGGAGAUGGAUGAGGCCAUGAACAAAGUGGAGCUUUGCAAGGAUCAACUCGCUGCAGACAUGUACAGUUUUUUCUCAAAAGAAGGGGACUAUGCCCGCUACUUCGUAACACUCUUAGAAGCUCAAGCUGAUUACCACAGAAAGUCUCUCACUGUUCUGGAGAAUGUCUUGCCAACCAUCCAGGCUCAGCAAGACUCGUGGACGGAGAAGCCCGCUUUUGGCACUGGGCUGGAUGAACACCUGAAAAGGAGUGGAAGGGAGAUCGCCUUGCCAAUAGAGGCCUGUGUCAUGAUGCUUCUAGAGACCGGCAUGAAGGAAGAGGGUCUGUUCAGAAUUGCAGCAGGGGCAUCCAAGCUCAAAAAGCUAAAGGCGGCACUGGACUGUUCCACGUCACAACUGGAGGAGUUCUACUCUGACCCCCACGCUGUCGCUGGAGCACUGAAGUCCUACCUGAGGGAACUCCCUGAACCUCUAAUGACCUUCCAGCUUUAUGAUGAGUGGAUCCAGGCAUCCAGUGUGUCAGACCCAGAUAAGAGGCUCCAGGCACUCUGGGUUGUAUGUGAUAAUCUACCAAAGAACAACAAAACCAACCUGAGGUAUCUGGUGAAAUUUCUCGCCAAACUGGCUCAGGACAGCGAGGUGAACAAAAUGACCCCUAGCAACAUCGCCAUCGUCCUGGGACCCAAUCUGCUGUGGGCCAAAACUGAGGGGACUCUGGCUGAGAUGGCUGCAGCUACCUCUGUGCACGUGGUGGCCAUCGUGGAGCCCAUCAUCCAGCAUGCCGACUGGUUCUUUCCUGAGGACGUGGAGUUCAAUGUGUCCGGCAUGUUUGCGAUGCCUACACCUGCGUCCAACCACAACAAUCAUCUUGACUAUGACUGUAGCUCCAUUGAGAGGAAGAGGCCUGGCAGCAUGGUGGGACCAGAGAACGACACAACGCGCAAAGACAACACCCCUAACAAGCACUCGGACCACACUCUUCGUAGAGGCAGUAACACCUUAGGUAGAAAGCAGCACACCUCACCUGCCUUCCAGCCUCCUUUACCCCCUGUAGAGGCUCCAGGGCAGGGGCACGGGGCCGGGCAGCUCUCCCAGCCCUCGGCUGAGCCCCAGCCCCAGCCACAAGCUCCAUCAGGGGGUUCAGGGCCUGAUGCUUCCCAGCAUAGCUUGGCGCAGGGUUUGGCUGCUCUCACAGCCGCUCAGCAGCUUCUAGCCCAGCACACAGAGGAGCUCAGCAACCCAAAGCUACGUGACUUCACACCUGCUCCUACCCCUCAGCACCAGAGAAAUGGCUCUGGAGCAGGGGGCCAACAGGGCACUGGGACCCCCGGGGCUGGAUCCAUGGGGCCCAGUCCGCAUUUGAUGCGCAGAGGUACCAAGAAGCAGGCUCCUGCUCCUCCUAAACCGUCAAACCCUCCACCCAGCCAGCCCUGUAAUUCAGUGAACCCCGCCUCCUCCUCAGGCUCAUCCCAGUCCCUCAGCCCCACUCCCAGACCGCUGUCCAGCCACUCACCCACCUCGCCCACCUCUCCCACCUUGCAGCCAUGUGCCACACCCAGGCGCCACUCCAGCAACCAGCCCCCAAUCCAGGCGCCCAGCCAUCCACCUCCAGAGCCUCCAACACAGGCCAGCCCUCCGACACAGCCCGCAUCCCUUGGUGGGGACCAGCAGAGCGCGGCCCCCUCACCCCCAGGCACCCCGACCCCUCCAGACACCCCUCCGCCUUCCACUGAUGUAGUCGCUCCUCCGUCCCCGUCUCCCUACCAGUCGGGUUCCCUUCCCCGGCCGCGACCUGUUCCCAAACCCCGGAACAGACCCAGUGUCCCACCCCCGCCCCAGCCCACCACACCAGCCAAUGAUACCAAUGGGAUCUGUGCCACUGCUUACAAGAUGAUGGACCCGGCGGUGUCUUUCAAAGGGCUGAGUCGAGCUUUGGUCCCUGAGCUCGCUGUAGACCAGCAGCCAGCGACGGCCUCCUUCUCCUCAUCUUCGUCCUCCUCAUCCUCCUUCUCCCUGCCUCCUCCCAAAGACUGUGACCUGGACACUGAGAGCACUGUCCUAUGAGGAGGAGACGGCGACACGCUCUGGUCCAGUACCCCCACGCACCUCCUCCCGUCACGCACACACCCCUCAUUUAGUCUGCUCGUGUUUCGUCCCAGCCCAUAUCUGCAUCCCUCCUCAGAGAUAUAAACCUCUGCUGUCAUGUUCUCCCAGUCCAGUCUGUAUGAAGGAAUUUUAAUGUGAUAUAAUGCACCUUCUGGCAGCCAUGAUGGAGGUCCACAGCUCUUGGUAAACAGUGGCUAUGAUUGUAGAUUGUGUUUGUGUGGUCAUCGCAACGCAAAUGAAAAGACAAGGUUAACGUGAGUUGACGCUUUGACAGGGAACAGCUCAUUUGCCCAGUUAUACAUCUGACGUUUUAUGUGGAAUUUAUUAGUAUUUGUAGCCGCUGCUGCACACACAGCAUCACUUUUCAUUAGAUUUCAGUCAAAAGCCCAAACUUACUACAAGUUAUGUUUAUAUUAAUUAUGAUUAUCAGUUCAUUUUUCAACUUGAAUGUUUAAAGUUGAGUUCUGGGAAAGCGUGACAUUUGUCACUAUUGUUUUGACGCUUUAUAGACAAAAUGAUUAAUUGAUAAUCAAUUAUAAUCAGCAAACUAAAAGUUCAUUGCAGGCCUAGUCAUAGGGCAAAUCACCAUAUUGGACCACUUACUUUGACUUAUAGUGUAUUUAAAAUGACCUUCAGCACAGUCUCAUUUAGGUAUCUCUCAUUUUAAGCUAUUAGCCGUUAUUAUUUAGUCCUCCUGACCUCCAUGAUGGUGCCAGAUGUGCUCAUGAGGACACUUGUGACACAUAGCCUCUACACUGCAACACACACACCACCGCCACCUCUGUCUUUUAUACUGCGCUCCCUACAAAUCAAGCUCCAGACAAUCAACACCAAACAGCAGAGGACCGCCAACGCACCAGUAACGUCGUCAGACAACUGUGUUAACGAUGACUGUCCAUGGAAGAAUUGGUCGUGACGGAGCAGGAGGGGGAGGGGAUGAUGCCAAAAUAUGGACUGACGAGACUCGUUUUGGAAUUUGGUGUGAAGUGUUUUGUAUUUUUUAAUGUUUAAAAAAUGGUCUUAGAACAAGAAAUAAAAAAGAAGAGUUAUUUCUACAGCACAGGGGGGAAGGGGAAAAUGUCAGCAGGUGAAGUAGAAACCAAAACUGUUGCUUAAAGUGUAGCUGGUGACUGCAGGUUUCCAGUCGUCUCAAACACUUGAUUUACCCUUUCUGUAUCUUCCCCCCCCCCCAAACCUGUAUUUAUUUACCGAUUUAGAAACACACAUUCCCUGUGGCUUGACAUAAUUAAUGCAGUCUUUAAAUGUAAAUCAUGCCUUAUCGGUUCCUCACAGAACCACAUUAUAAGCAUUAUAUAUUUACUGUAUGGAGGAUAUACUUGGCUCCUAGUACUACAGUAUUUCCAAGAAGCUGUCUUGGCAACAAGUAUGUUUCAGGGACGUAAGGAAGGUGAUUUGACCCUCUGCUAUAGAAGUCUUGUGGUUCUGUAUUGUUCCACAGAAGUUGUGUAUUUAAAUGUGUUUUGGUUGAUUUCUUUGGGUUUUAUAUCAGAAGUAGCAGGGUUAACCUCCCUCCAAGCCUGACCCCCCCCUUCCGUUUUUAACAUCCAUCCAGUGUAUUCUCUGGCGUUUGCUGGGGCUUUAAACACAACGGGCUGUGUGUGAGUAAUUGUACUGAAAGGACGAUUCUUAACCAGUCUCUUCAUCCUGAACAGAAAGACGCAUUAACAGCUGAUGUUGCACAGGCAAAUGAGUGGUUUCCUAGUGAACUGGUUUGGAGGAUUUUUCAGUCUUUCCCACUGAGCUGAGAGCACAUUGUGAUGUGAAACCUCAGUAGUGAUGUGGUGUUAGAUUUUUGCCAGGUCAAAAUAUUUAAAAUAUGCUAUGUUGUAUUUUCUGUGUAAGCUUUGUUUUUGUUUUUAUUUUUGUUUUGGCCUCAUGUAAUGCAGAGAUCAGUUCCCAGAGAACUGGCCCAAAAUGGUACCAAUGGAGAAAGUCUUGGAUGCUGCAGUUGCCCUGAAAAUGAGUUUAGCUUUUCAGAGACAAUCGAGCAUUAUAAUCCCCUCCUUGUUCUCUUUGCUCCUGUACCUCGCUGCCUUAUCCCUGUGCAUCAACAGAGCUUUGUAUUUCAAAGCUCUGUAAGACAAACAAAUGCCAUUAAACUAGAAAUGAUAAUGCUGCAUUUUUAAGCUCCACAGUUUUGUAUGUAUGCUGUCUGGUGAGCUUAAAUAUGGAAUAAAACAUGUAAUAUGAAUGCUUGGUUAUACUCCCUUUCCAAAGAAAAUAAAGUAUAUGAAGAAACUAUUGAAAUAUA